GCAGGCUGGGAUUUUCUCCAGUCUAGGAGACUCAGUCUAGGAGAGACAUUCAAAAGCCGGGGUACCUUGGCAGCUCCUUUCCUCUUCCCAACAUAAGUAAUAUUUUCCCAACCCAGUGAUGGGCUGGAAACCUGCUGGCCCCCCACCCUGGGGACACACCCUUGGAUGCUGACCACAAGAACAGCCAGGUGCAAAUUGUCUCUGGAGCCAGCCUUGUAGGUGCACCCGGAGACCAGGAACUUCUAGGAAUCCACCAGCUCAGUCCAGAUGAGCACCCUGUUGUUGGAGUGAACGUUCCCACCUACCCUGAGGAAGAUGGAGGGUUUUCCCAGCUUCUCUCCCGCCGGCUUCCUCCUCCCUUUUCUCCUUCUCCGGGUGUCCACUCAGCGCUCAGCAGUGUCCGUGUUUUCUGUGAAGGGACCAGCCGAGCCUGUCGUGGUGCUGCUCGGGGAAGACGCCCUUCUGCCCUGCCAGCUGUCCCCGGCGCAGAGCGCGGCCCGCUUGCAGGUCCGGUGGUACCGCGCGCAGCUCUCCCCGGCGGUGCUGGUGUUCCAGGACGGGCAGGACCGAGGCGGGGAGCAAAUGCUGGAGUACCGGGGCCGGGCGGAGCUGCUGGGAGCCUCCCUGGGCAGCGGGGAUGCCGCCCUGCGGAUACGACGUGCGCGGGCCUCUGACCAUGGCCACUACCGGUGUCGUGUUGAAGAUGGCGACGUGUUCCAGGAGGCCGCUGUGGAGCUGCAGGUUAUAGGCUUGGGCUCUGUCCCUCGCAUUCACAUGACCGGCCCUGAGGAAGGCGGGAUUGGAGUGCUGUGCUCCUCAGGUGGCUGGUUCCCCAGUCCCAAGGUGCAGUGGAGAGACACAGCAGGAGUGAAGCUGCCAUCCCUCCCCGAGUCUCAGAGCCAAGAUGGGGAUGGACUCUUUCAUGUGGUAGCAUCUCUUGUGGUCAAGGACAGCUCUGUGGGCAAUGUGACCUGCUCCAUCCAGAAUCCCCUCUCUGGCCAGGAGAAAGCAUCAGCUAUCUUCCUCCCAGAGCCCUUCUUCCCCAGGGUGUCUCCGUGGAAGGUGGCCCUGGCUUGGGCUCUCCCUGUGAUAGGGAUCCUCCUUUCUGGGCUCAGCUAUGUUGGCUGGAGAGAACAUCAAGCCAAAAAGAGAGAGAUAAAGAAAAGGAUAAAAGAAUCUCAAGAAAGAGACCAGAUGAGGAGUGAAAAGGAAAUGGUGCUGAAGAACAAAGAGAAACUCAAGGCAGAGCUUGAACGGCGAAAGGCAUUGUACCAUGAAGAUUGGAAGAAGGCCCUGAUAUAUCCUGACUGGAGGAAGGAACAUUUUAAGCCUGCUCCUGUGUCUCUAAAUCUUGGGAAAGAGAAUUGCAGAGAGGAGACACAGGGUCUAUCUCUCAGUAAUAAGCAAGGAGACGGCAAUCUUAUCACACUUGAUAAGAAAGACUUCAAACCAGGGAAAUAUUAUUGGGAGGUGGACAUCAUGGACACUAAUGAGUGGACUCUGGGCAUUUAUGAGGAGAACGAAGGUGAGAAUGGAUUAUCUAAAGAAGCAUCAAAGAAAUUCAGAGUCUUAGUGAAGAAGGGCUGUGACUAUAGGGCUCUCGCCUAUUGUUCCCAAAACAUUGCCCUGGAAGAAUCUCUCUUAAUAAAAGAGCAUCCACAGAAGAUUGUGAUUUUCUUGGAUUAUGAGGACAGUAACCUUUCUUUCUAUGACAUGGCUAACGGUGCCCACAUCUUCUCCUUCACCCAACCUAGCUUCUCUGGAUCAAUCAACCCUUACUUCAAACUUGAAUCCCUAGAGCUCUCUCAUCUGCACAGUAUUAAGUGACUUGGAGGAAGGCCUUAUUCCAUGAACACAGCAGCCUGUUCUCUGUAAACUCCAGGUCUUCUGUCCUUGACUGGGGAUCUCAAGCAUUGCUCAUUAUGAGAUUGCUUAGCCUAAGAUGCCGUGAGUCUUCUUAGCCAGAGUUUCUGAUUACACCAGUGUUUUUUGAAUAAUCUGUAGAGAAGAAUCAGGUUUUUGUUUUUUGUUAUUGUUAUAAAUGUUGUUACUUGCUUUAUAUACAAUAUAUCACAGUCUGGUAAUUUUCCAAAAUAAAUCACUGAAAAAUUACAUGAAUAAAAAAGGUAUGCAAUUACAAGUAACACUUAUUUUAUUAUUAGAUUCAACAUAAAGUUGUUUUGUCAAUUUGCUUUAAAAGCUUUAUAACACUCUAUUUCUGUUCUUGUUUAACAAAAAACUGGUAAGAAGCAAUUUAUGUAUAGGUCUUUGGACUACACUUUACAAUGUUUAAGGUAAUAAAAAUGAAAUAAACUUCACAC